CCUUUUCGUUUUGACGAUGCAGCUUUUAAGAAAAUGGACGAAACAGAAAAUAGUGUUCCCUUAGAGCGGAGGCCUGCGUGCGAUAACUGCAAAGCCCGAAAGGUAAUGCCCAACAUCAAUUUCCCCCCUUUACCUAACUUAUACUAGACGAAAUGCGAUAGAAAGUCACCAUGUGCGAGCUGUAUAACCCUCAACGUAAUUUGUCGUAUAACUCGUCGGGCUGCUGAGAAACGGCAACGCGUUCUCAUAUCAUCAAAAUAUGACGAGGCUGUACAAGAUGUCAGUCGUCAGCUUGGCGAUGUCAAAGAAAUGCUUCAGACGCUCCUGUUGAGCAGAAGCCCUGGUCCCAAUUCAACCUCGACUUCAUCAGAGAGUACACAUCAUACCGCACCACCAAUGAUUGAUGAACAGGUACCUACUCUAUCUGGUGUCAACGAAGGCUAUAAUGGCGAUCCUUCGUUCUUGUCGCACGCUCAUCUAGUCGAAAAUGCGUUAGGGGCGACCUUUGCAGCCUCCGAUUUCGCAAACGAAGGAGCUCUAGAUACUCCUUCAAUACUCUCCCCAUUACUCACCCCGCAGAGGAUUGCUGAGUUACUUCACGGUGCAGAUACGGGUAAAGGUGUUGCUUCGGAUCACACAACCCCUGAAUUUCUUCCUCAGCCGCAUGAUCCGCCUCCCAGAGAUAUUCCACUUCCACCAAUAGACCUUGUUCUUAAGCUUCUGCGUAUGAGCAAAGUCCUCAAACAGCGGUUCUUCGUCGACAUUCCCACAUUCGAAGAGGGUGAAUUCAUUGAUCUAUGCCGCGGCGUUUACUUCGCAACUGAGCCGGUCUCAAUUUGGAAAUGGAUCUGUGUUAACGUCGGUCUUUACUACCUCUUUCUAGGUGCUAAAGAAGCCGAUUGUGAAUACAUAGGCACAACCGUGGAGGUGUUGCGUUUCCACACCCGGACAAUGAAGGCAAAUGCCGAAACAGCGAUGCAGAGUCUUCGUCUGUGCUCAGAGCCGUCGAUGGAAUCAUGUCGCGCUUUGGUUCUUCUUGGGGUCUUCUACGUCAAGGAAGGCCAUAGCGCGAUUGCAUGGAGACUAGUAAGUGCUGCUGCAAGGGCAUGUUUAGACUUGGGAUUUCAUCGUUUGCCUAAUUGCCCAGACAACGAGGAGGUGCUUCGACAAAGUAGAAUAUUUUGGCAUACCUAUUUAUGGGACAAAGGGUUGGCUCUGACUUGUGGGAGGACACCCGUUAUCCAUCAUUAUGACGUGACAAAUUGUUAUCCGGUCAACUCAGACUAUCUGCGUAUGAUGCCGGGCAGGGUAUACGCCGGUCUACUUGACUAUGCCGUCGUUGCGGGGGAAAUCCAGAGAAAGUUAUUUUCUGCAUCAGCACUGCGUGCUCCGCAGCAGAAGCGUGUCCAGUAUGCUAGAGAAUUUGCUAGCAAGCUUCUGAAAAUCCAAAAAUCCGUUGCAGCCAUACCUGAGGAUGAUCCAAUUUGGGACAAGGUGUUCUUCGCUGCCGCAGUCUUGCUCGAUAUUAAGAUGUACUGCCUCCUUACUAUCGUGUAUAGAAUACUUCCGCCUAGUUCUGUACAAUCGCAUCCACUGCAAUGCUCAGAUGAGUGUGUAGAGGCUGCACGUACGGCACUAUCCAAGGUCGUGGAAGCGGGUGAGCGUGUGCUACAAAAAGACCCUUUUGGAUGGUACAUGUUUUUAAAUGUCAUUCUAUCCCUUGUACCAUUUGUACCUUUCAUCGUACUGGCCGGAAAUGCCAUAUCUACGUCCUCUAGUACCGACCUAGCUCUACUCUCUUCAGUCCUAUCUGUUUUAGAACCACCAGCGGCGGAUUCUCCGACUGCUCGAAAGGUUUAUAAUGCUUGCGAGAGAUUACAUCGUAUCGCUAGUGCCCUGGUAUCAAGUUCAAACGAGACCCCAUUAAAUCCCAAAGAGUACCAAGAACAAACCCCUAAUGUCGGUUUGCCUUUCAAUGACCCAACCGAUGAAUCUGAUACACAUAGUCGUACACUUCCAAAUAACUUUGAUUACUUGUUUCCGAUGGCGCGACAAGACUGGGAUAGUGUUAUGACCGGGUUUGAGUCAGAAUUAGGAGGCUACGACUCUAGAGCCUUGACAAACAUUAUGGAGCCCUACAUCGCAGAUACGGGUUGGUGACCCAAGCGCUUUGUAGAGUGAUGUAAGCUUUUUGAAGCUUAAAUGAAAGAUGGAAACGAUAAUCUGAAAAGUCACGCCGAGUCUUUGGGCAAUUCUAGGACUAGAACUGGUGCCAAGUAGUAUUGGCUGAAGCUUGGGUAGUCGCCAGGAUACGGAGUUUUGGUCAAUCCGCCGUAGGCCUUCCAAGUUCAAACAAAUCCUUUUCAUGAAUUUAAAUAUCCGGGGGGUUGGUAAGGCUCAUGCAGUAAAUAACGUAACAUGCAUGUAAAUACUCAAGAAUGAUAAAAUAUUAAACAUAUCUUGCCGCGCUGGACUAGUUGUGGCGAUGUAUUAACCCCGAC